AUGAGGUCCUUGGACAUCACGGAGCUGGCAGAGCUGGAGGAGGCGGAGGUGAUGGAGCCCGAGGAGGACUUCGAGCAGUUCCUGCUCCCGGUCAUCAACGAGAUGCGCGAGGACAUCACAGCGCUCAACCGCGAGCAUGGGAGAGCCUACCUGCAGAACGGGAGCAAGCUGUGGGAGAUGGACAGUAUGCUCAUCCAGAUCAAGACGCAGGUGGAGGCCUCAGAGGAGAGCGCGCUCAACCAUCUGCAGAACGCGGACAAUGGAGUCAAGGGCAGAGGGACCAAAUGGUGCCAGAAGGUGGAGGAGAAGGCCAAGGAGAUCGCAAAGAUGGGAGAGAUACUGGUAGAGCUGCUCUGGGGGAUAGAGAAGAGCGAGUUGUCCUGA